UCAGUCAACACUGCAGGCCCCACCCUUUGUGUUGCUUACCGCCAGUCAAUCAAAAAUAGGAAAAAAAAAAAUCUUGACAGUUAUCACCUUUUUCUACGCGGCUACCGUCAACACAAACUGCUAGUCAUGUCCGGGCGGUGGUAACUGUCCAAACUAUCCGCUUAACGGCGAGUCACGCGAUGACUGCCCAGCUAGCUGUGCUCCAACUCCCCCACAUUGUGUCCCCACGCAGCGCCACAACAGCCCCUGAAAGCAGAAGGAAUGGCGGCUUUGGACGCGAGCAGCAGCCGGAGCAACUUUCUGCAACACGACGACGAUGAGGGCGACCAGGACAUUGAGUCAUCACCCCUCGACCUGCUUGCAACCACCUGCACUAAGGCACCAGAGCUGACUGCCGCUGAUGUGACUACAGAUCAGACAUCUCCACAGCUUACUGUGUCUGAUAAAUGGGAGGUGUUAACUCCCACCACAGCAGCAAAGAGCGAUUCUGGGAUGAUACAGAUCCAAGGCCAAGGAAUAUUAACAUCAAAUGGACAGUACGUUCUUCCUCUCCAGAACUUGCAAAGUCAGCCGAUCUUUGUGUCAUCAGGAAACGACACGUCCUCCGCCAAUUCAGUGCCUAACGUUCAGUACCAAGUAAUUCCUCAGAUUCAGACUUCAGACGGACAGCUGAGCUUUGCCACCACUAGCAUUGAAGGGGCGACUCUGAGUCAGGAUGCCACUGGGCAGAUUCAGGUCUUGCCUGAUGGUGGCCAGAGUCUCAGCGUGACAUCAACUGCAAACAUCUUUACAAACACCCAGAGCCUCAUAUCACAUGCUGGGGAUGUCCAGCAGAUGCAGGGGAUUUCUAUUGGCAGCUCCACCUUCAACAACCAGGGUCAGGUUGUUACUAAUGUGCCUAUGGGUUUGCCGGGGAACAUCACUUUUGUUCCUAUUAACAGUAUAGACUUGGACGCACUCGGCCUCUCAGGAGCCCAGACCAUAGCAACAGGCAUCACCGCUGAUGGUCAGUUAAUCAUGGCGAACCAACCUGGGACCGCUUCAGUGAACCAGGCGAAGACGGACGAUCACCUUUCACAAGCGGUAAAUGACGCAAAUGCGGAACUCUUUGUGCCGACGUCUUCCUCCCAGCUACAUAACCCAUCGAGUGGCGCACAUCUGCUGACACAGGGCGCCUCGUUGUCAUCGGUGGCAACACAGCAGUCCAACGCCACAGCUAGCCUCCAAGAAGGCUUUAUCCAACAGACCCACCAAGAGCAAAACAUCCAAGUGUCGUCUUCUCAGCCCAUUGUCCAGCUGCAGCAGGUGCCACUGCAGACCAUCAAUGGGCAGGUGAUGCAGUCGGUAGCCACGGGCAGCCAGGGCAUGCAAAAUCUGCAGCUGAUCAACCCUGGGACUUUUAUCAUCCAAGCCCAGACAGUUACCCCGUCAGGUCAGAUACAGUGGCAGACAUUCCAGGUGCAAGGUGUGCAAAGCCUACAAAACCUUCAGCUUCCCACCACUCAGCCUCAGCAGAUAACGCUGGCUCCAGUCCAGACCCUUUCACUGGGUUCCAGUCCAGUCAGCAUGGGCACUGGGCAGAUCCCCAACCUGCAAACAGUGACAGUCAACUCAGUGGCACAGCAGGAAGGACACACGCUCCCAGGAGACAUACGAAUAAAAGAGGAACCCGACUCAGGAGAGUGGCAGCUUAGCGCCGACUCCACCCUAAACCCCAGCGAUCUGUCCCAUCUUCAUGUCAGGCUCGUGGACGAGGACGACCAAUUGGGCCAGGAGGGCAAGAGGCUGCGCAGAGUGGCGUGCACUUGCCCAAACUGCAAAGAUUCUGUCGGAAGAGCGCCCACUAUAGGGAAGAAGAAGCAGCACGUCUGCCACAUUGCAGGCUGCGGGAAAGUGUAUGGAAAGACGUCACACCUGCGAGCACACCUGCGCUGGCAUUCAGGGGAGCGUCCUUUCGUCUGCAGCUGGAUGUACUGCGGGAAGAGGUUCACGCGCAGUGAUGAGCUGCAGAGACAUAGGAGAACACACACAGGCGAGAAGAAGUUUGUGUGCCCGGAAUGUUCCAAGCGCUUCAUGAGAAGCGACCAUUUGGCCAAGCACAUCAAAACUCACCAGAACAAAAAAGGGGUAAACUCUGUGAGCGCAGUGGUAACCUCUGUGGAAUCGGCAGGGUCUUCAGACAGCAUCAUCACCACGCCGGGCGGGACCACACUCAUCCUUACCAACAUCCAGCAGGGCGUGAGCAAUGCCCAGGACAUAUUGGCCAACGCUGAGAUCCCUCUGCAGCUCGUCACCACUUUAGCAGCGAGCCAAGUCAUGGAGUGAUUGACGGUCCCCUCACAAACUCAUGUGACAGCGUUCUCGUAAACUCCUCCUGUCUGCAUUUUUAUCACAAUUUUGAAGACAAUAAAGAAAAGAAUAUAUAUAUAAAUAUAUAUAUUUUAACAUGGAAAUAGUACAUCUUGUCCACUGUGCAAAAAUAGUGGCGAUGAUAAUAUAAAGAGACAUUGCAGUAAUUACACAAGGAUAUGCCUUAUUUUGUACAACAUUGUCUAGUUGCGAGUAUAGGAUGUCCUCAAUCAACUUUGUUAAUGUGUUUUUCACCUUUUCUUACCUUCACUUUAUGUCCUUGUUCCCUUUUCUGUGAGCAAAGACUAGAUUUCACCACAGAGCUAAUUUUACCCGCAUAAAUUACUGGUUUUGAUGCAAAUGUAUUUGUUUUUCUCGCUAUAUUAUGGAUUUACCCCACUGUAGUCAGUGCUUCCAAAUCUAUUACUUUGCCGGGUGAAAGCAAUCAAUCAUUUUAUUCUGAUUUCUCCUCAAAACGACCAACAUAUCAAUCAUGGAAUCUUUAGAUAUUUUGACUACACAGUUUUGGGCUUUUUCACAAAAGACAUUGCUUAUGUUCCAGUAAUGUCUUUUUGGUUGACUUCCCUAAAAAGCCAUUUUGGUGAUUAUUGCCAAAUUUUCCUAGAAUCUCAGGGUGAGGUUUGACCAAGUGGAGGAACUCUCCCCUAUUUAGUCAUUUUGGGGCAGGGGUUAUUAAAAAAAAAUCUUCAUGGAUGGACCAAAAGCUGUAAAGAGCAACCGCACUAGCAUGAUACUUGCUACUGUAAAGUCAUUAACCGUGUUGAUUUGUUUUGUUACUUUUAUUUUAUAUAUAUAUAUAUAUAUGUAAUAUUUCCCAUCACGACAGUAAAAAUAACAAUCAGUACAGUUUAGGAGUCAAGGGUGUAGAUGUUUCAAUCGUGGUACUUAAAAAUGUUUUAACAGCACUGUGCUCAUCACUCGCAUUUUGUAGUGAACUAUUGUUUAUAUGUGUUUGCAAAUGUAUUUGUGGCUUUUUAUAAGAAUCAUCCUUUCCUUGUUAAA